CUGUUUUUCAGCUGUGUGAAAGCUAAAGAUUACACUCAUCUCACCACUUCCUCAUAUUCAGGAAAGGUAUCAGCAUCGGAUUCAUCAAAACUAGACAAUGGCAACAAUUCCUCCUCCAAUUGACUGUGGCUUUAAUGAAGACAAGAUGGAUAUAAUUAUAUCAAGUUUGUCCUUCCUGUUUUUAAUUCCGGCCCUCAUCAUCAAUGGUAUAGUAGUCUGGGUCUGCAUGCACAUGCAGUCAACAUCCACCUUCAUAGUGUAUCUGAAGAACCUUGUGGCGGCUGACCUUCUGAUGAUUCUGACCAUCCCAUUCAAGGCCGCCAAAGACAUGCCCAGUGCUCCUCUGGCUCUGAAAGCCUAUUGCUGUCGAUAUUCUGAUGUUAUUAUGUACCUCUGUGUGUACAUGAGCAUCAUUCUACUGGGACUAAUUAGUCUGGACCGCUUCUUCAAGAUCGUCAGGCCUCAUGGCCGGUUGUUGGGUCAGAAUGUGGUCUUUGGCAAAGUCCUGUCUGCCUCCAUCUGGGUGGUUAUGCUGAUCGCAGUUGCUAUUCCAACUAUGGUCCUAACCAAUCAGGAUCUCACAAACAAUACUAAAGGGUCCUGUAUGAAAAUGAAAAGUCAGGCAGGACGGAAUUGGCAUGAGGGUGUGGUCAUUUUCGACAACAUGAUCUUUUGGUUGGUAUGUGUUCUGAUUUUCUUUUGUUACAUUUGCAUCACAAGGAAGGUUAUUCAGUCAUACAGGAAAUCUGGAAGCAGCAAUGACAAGAGGAUGUAUAAGACCAAAGUACGGGUGUUCAUGGUUCUGCUGGUUUUCCUGGUGUGUUUUCUCCCUUACCAUGUCAUAUGCAUUCAAUACACUAAGUAUCAAGUUACUACAAUGCCCAGCUGCACUAAGACCACCUUAAGGAUUUCUAAAAGGAUAACCUUGUGGACAGCAACUAUGAAUGUCUGUCUGGAUCCUCUCAUCUACUUCUUCCUUUGUAAGACCUUUAGGAACACCCUGUUGAAGACCCUUCAUCUCAAAUCAGGAACAUGUAACUGGCUCAUUAGGAGAGCGUCAGACCCGAACCCAAGGAAUACAGCCCAGGACAACUCAGCAUCUAAAGCUGACGCUGAAUGAUUCUGAACUGUAUGUUUUGUGAAAUGUCGACCAUUUAAUCUUUAACAAAGGAUCCUACUGCCUUCUUGUAAAAGGUUAACAGCUAUUUUUAUGAGGAAUUACCAAUGUAAAAUCUAAGAGAAUACAGAAUGUUGUUGCAUGAUGAUGUUUUUAAUAAUGACAAUUAUGUCAUGGAAUAUGGUUUACAAUAUAAAGUACCAAUGAUAUUGAAUGUACUGCAAAUAUCUGUGCUUUAGGUCAACUUCUCAGUUUUUCUUUAUUGUGGGAGAAAUUAACAUUGUUCAUUAUUAUACUUAGAAUAUAUUUGGCCUUGGAAACAUACUCCAUGCAGCAUGUAAAAUACAGUCAGAUAUACUUAGAAAUCCUGUGUCCAUAUACAGCUUUCUACAAAAAUAUUUGUUUCUAAAUUGUCCUGUUAUUUGUUCCUGAUGCUAUUAAACUUAAAGUAGCCCCCACUACUAGUGUGCAUGUCCAAAGAGCUCUACUGUCAUAUCAUCUGAGCCAAAUUAUUUUGGAACAGUGCUAGAGCUAGACAAAUAAAUUCUCUAUAAACCUGAGUUUUCUACACAAAAUAGUUGACAAUAUAUUGAAAAAGAUUGUCAUUUCUCUGAAAAGGUAUUUUAAGUAAACCCCCUGUUGUAGAAAUUAAAUACUGAUUCAUAUUGUGGGACUGAAAAUGUUAAACAGUUUUUAUCAUUUUCUGUGAAAACUGGCUUCACAGUAUAUUCAGUAAAUAUGAGUGAUAUAAGCUAUCUUGAUGUCAGUUGGUGUGUCGCUGGGCCAAUCACCACUUGAGUUUCCUGUUGGAACUGGCUAUGCUGAUUAGUUCAUGUACAAUUGGUCACAUGUUCAGAUAAUGUGAUUCUUAAUCUUGUAACUGUGGAAACAAAAGGGGAGCAUACCUGUUUUUUUACUACCUGUUUUAGUAUUGGGUUCAUGAAAUGGUAGAGUUCCCAUGUUUACAUAAGAAAAGGAAUGUGGGAGAGGGGGAUCUAGUUCCUGUCUAUUUGUUUAUGGUCAUCAUUGAAUGGUAUCAGGGGAUCAUUGGGUCCUCCAUCAAUCUGUCAAUCUUUCUAUCUGUUUAAACCAUCAGUGUAUCUGUUCUUUGUCCAGAUGGUAUGUGUCCCUUCUGAGUUGAAUGGGUUGCCUACAGUGUCCUUAGUUCUAUGGGGAAAUGUGGGGGGCAGUCUGCCCUUUGGGUAAAACCUAGGUAUAGAUUGAACAAAGGGAACAUGUAUUGUUAACAUAGGACAGCUUUGCAGUAUCUUACUACUCCCCUUUUACUGCAUAAGUACUGAUGAUUGUUCUGUGUUACUUCAGAGAUGUCUCACAAUUUAUUCAGUAAUCUUUGAUACCUCUUUCCAUGCAAUAA